AUGGAAAACGAGACUACGAGAUUCAAACUGACUCAAUACCUACCUGAACCAGGUUACUUCGUCGCCGGAGCCCUCGCUGGUGGUAUCUCACGCACAGCAACCGCACCUCUCGAUCGUCUUAAAGUGUACCUGCUCGUCAACACGAAGGCGACUACUAACAUCGCCAUUGACGCCGCAAAACAUGGGCAUCCUCUCUCGGCCAUUCGGAAGGCUGGUCGGCCUAUCACUUCUGCCGUCAUGGAGCUGUGGAAGGCUGGUGGGUUCCGAACCUUCUUUGCCGGCAAUGGCUUGAAUGUGGUGAAGAUCAUGCCUGAAACUGCCGUCAAGUUCGGCUCCUAUGAAGCUGCAAAGCGCACUCUUGCUAACCUGGAGGGUCAUGGCGACCCGCAACACAUCAAUCCUUACUCGAGAUUCGUUGCUGGUGGGCUGGCUGGUAUGACAGCUCAAUUCUGCGUUUACCCCCUUGACACUUUGAAGUUCCGACUUCAAUGUGAGACAGUAGAAGGGGGCUUGACCGGAAAUGCGCUUCUGGUCCAGACGGCAAAGAAGAUGUAUGCUAACGGCGGAGUUCGCUCUGCUUACCGUGGACUAACCAUGGGCCUCAUCGGCAUGUUCCCUUAUAGUGCCAUCGAUAUGGGCACCUUUGAGUUCCUGAAGAGCACAUUUAAACGCUACAAGGCCAGAUAUCAUGGCAUACACGAGGAAGAUGCCAUCCCUGGCAAUUUCGUCACCGGAAUUAUCGGUGCUACAUCAGGAGCGUUCGGUGCGACAGUCGUCUACCCCCUGAACGUCCUUCGAACUCGCCUCCAGACACAAGGCACAGUCAUGCACCCACCUACUUAUACUGGCAUCUGGGAUGUCGCCCAAAAGACGCUCCGCAAUGAGGGCGUUCGCGGCAUGUACAAAGGCCUUACACCCAACUUGCUAAAAGUCGCGCCAGCCUUGAGCAUCACAUGGGUUGUCUACGAGAACUCGAAGAAGCUUCUAAGUCUACACUGA